GUUGAUUUUAGGGAUUGCAUGUCCUUGAUAAGAGACUAUACUGCUCAGGUUAAGUUGGAGCAGCCCAUUGCAGGCCAAGAAAAGGAGCAAUUGGAAAUAUGCCUCGAGGUAGAGGUCGGGGUAGCGCAGGCCGUGUAGGUAAAUCUUCAGUUAGGGGUAAUUUUUCUACUCGUGAAAAUAUGCCUACUGUUCCCAUUCCCACAAUCAAUCCUCAACAAGGUGGUACGAGUUCCUCAGGUGGAUCGGAUCACAUCAAUCAAGUUCGAACAUUAGGUCCUAGUAGUACGCCACCUAUUCAAACAUCAGGCCAUGGUAGUACCCCAACUAUUAGUUUGGAACCAUCUCCAAAUACCCCUAAUCAGAGCAACACAAUAGGUGAGGGUACAUCUUCUCAAAGCAACAUAAUAGGCGAAACUGAGUGUAGCAGUACCCGCCGACCACGGACGCUUGUUACUCUUUCUCCUGCAGGGUUAGAGCCUUCAUAUGAAUGCUCUGAGUUUAUAACUAAGUCUUUCAAGAAUGAACUUGAUCCUAAUGGAUUCAACUGGAAAAAUGUCUCAAAUGAGUUAAAAAAAAUUUAUUUUGGAGAAUUCAAGAAGGCUUUCUACUGGGAUUCUUCAAUUGAUAGUGCGGUGCAGAUCCAAUGGGAGCGUAGGGCAGCAAGAAGAUACAGUGAUUUUAUUAGCAAACUAAAAGCAAAUAUGGUGCAACCGGACACUAUUCCAAAUAAUGUGUGGGAAAGUUGGCCGAGACUUUGGAAGGAUCCUAAGUGUGUUGAAAAGUCAGAAAUAAAUGCAAAAAAUCGUUGUGGUGGGAGCGAAAUUGCCACUGGGACUCAUACAGGUGGCUCUAUCAGUGUUGGGGAGCAUCGCAAGAGACUUGCUGUUAAAAAGGAUCGAGAUCCAAUACCAAAUGAGUUGCAUUUGCACGUCCAUACACAUGGUAAUGAUGGAAAAUCUUUUGUUGCUGAGAAAUCCCGAAUCAUACAUGAAAAAUAUCAGGAGAUAUUACAACAACAAACGCAAACUCAUUCUGAUAUUGAUCAGUGGAAAGCAUAUUAUCAAGCCGCGGGAGGAGAAAAGAAAAGAAGAGUAUAUGAUCUUGGAUCGCAAGCAAAAUGCUACUACGGGCCAAAUCUUUAUAGCUCUCUUGGAUCUGAUGCUACAUCGUCAACAACACCUCCAAAUUCUCAAUCAACACCGAUAGGGAAUCUGGAUGAGUUAGUGAUGCGAUUGAUUCCUGCACUGACAGAUCAUAUAGUUCCUGUAAUCGUUGAGCGGGUACGCGAAUUAGUUUACUUACCCUCGCAUCAACCAAAUACUGAUAUGGCACCUACAGUUCCAACAUCUUCUACUGCUGCUAACAUUGAUGAGGUUCAUGCAUUGGGUUCUGAUGAUGACCGUAACUGUCCAGCCUAG